GUCUGUCGUUGAUGGCAUAGUGAAAAGGGUCCGAUCAGAACGGUUGUCCCUCUUCCCUUUUGUUUCUCUCGCCAGUCGCCACUGCCCUCUUCUUCGUUCUCACCCGUUCCUUCAAAAUGCAAACCCCUUUUCUUCCUCAAAUCGAUCAGCUUUGCGCAUUUUGUCUCCCUCCGAAACGACGACGUUCUCGGUCAGAUGCUUAUAAACCCUAAAUUGCUGCUAAUGGGGAAUGGGACACCGUCCGUACAUUCGUGUAUGGUCCCUCGUCUAACCCCAAAACAGUGAAUUAGGCUAGGGGUGUUUGGUUUCGGUUAUAUCAAGGUUAGUUGUAUUCAUAGAUAACACCAACAACUGACCAUCCCACACGCGUAUUGCAAAUGUUCAGCGUUGCGUGUUCGGCCAUGGAAGCUCCGGCGAGGUUCCGGUUCCUCUGCGGUCACUCCAUUCGCACCCGACAAGUCUUCGCCAAAACGGAACCGUUGCCUUCGCUCAUAACCGCUAACCGAGACGACGCCGUAACAAGAACCCGGUUCUCUCUCUCACGCGCUCACGCCCGCUCUUCAUUCUCGGCGGUCCCUUCGAAUCCCAAUCCCUUCUCGUCUCUCUCUUUUUCCAGGCCCAGUCACCCACCGAUUCCGACCAAUCAUUUUAGCCAAUUCCUGUCCGGCUCGAACGACAGCGGUUCCGUGUGGAGCCGGGCUUCGGAGAGUUCUGCUUCGAGCAAUGAGGGGGUUCUGGGCGGAAAAGAGCGGGUUGUGGCGGUGGUGGUGUUGGGGUGGCUCGGGGCCAAGACGAGGCACCUGAAGAGGUACGUGGAGUCGUACAACGCGAGGGGGCUCCACACGGUGACUUUUGUGGUCGACGUGAGAGAGCUGUUGUGGUUCGAUUUGGGCCGAAGACUCGAGCAGCGGAUCUCGGCGUUGGCCGACGAGCUCGUCUCGUGGGUGUCUGAGGGGGAAGAGGACGGCAGAGAGCGGUGCUUGGUUUUUCACACUUUUAGCAAUACGGGUUGGUUUGUCUAUGGUGCCCUUCUUGAUACUUUCCAGGGUAGAAAGGACCUGAUGGAGAAGAUCAAAGGAUGCAUUGUUGAUUCGGGAGGAGGGGACCCGUUUAAUCCUCAGGUGUGGGCAGCUGGAUUUUCUGCUGCUCUACUGAAGAAACGCAGCUCUACGGCAUACCCUGAAGCUGAAGCUGGAGAAUUGAAUGGAUCCAAAAGUGAAGUGAGCAUGUCAACGAUGAAAGAAGAUGAACCUCCAAUAAUUGAAACUGUGCUUCUAUCAGCUUUGGAGAAGUUUUUCUCAUUUUUAUUGAAGUUGCCAGACGUGGAACUGAAGUUAACAAAGUUCUUUUCUAACCUCUCAAAAAGCCAGCCUAACUGCCCUCAGCUUUACCUCUAUAGUACAGCUGACAAAGUCAUUCCUUUUCAGUCUGUAGAGUUGUUUAUUGAUGAACAGAGGAAGAUGGGGAGAAAGGUAAGGUCCUUCAACUUCAAAACUUCCCCUCAUGUUGACCAUUACAGGACUUUCCCCAACAUAUAUUCGUCGGAGCUGCAUAAUUUCCUGAACGAGUGUUUUGCUAUGGUUAAGCAGUUGUGAAUCCUGCAAAUGCAGGCUAUCCGCAUCCCUUUGUCAUUUGCCUCUUUUGACUGUUGUUUGUGGUAUUUGAAAGGCAUUGGAGCAAUAUCAUCAGGGGCUCUAUCUGUUUUAUAUUAUCCAUGUGAUUAUGGUUUAUAA